GGACAUUGGACCCGCAGCGCUGCUUUCAGUUCGGUAAAAGCGUGUGCUUUUUGUUUAUGUGAAUGUUAUGCAGGGGGACACUGAGAUCAGCGUUAAAGAUGACCGCUGUAUUACUUCCAACCGACGUAACCUAUUGCAGUCUGAGGUUGUGUCUUUCUUUACACCAGUGGCAGAUAAAUUGAGAUUGAAAGACAGUCAGUCUAUUCAUAGACCGCGUCUUGACAUUGUUGAGGAAAAGCCACGGACUAAGACUAUAGUCGUCAGACUGAGCUCUCCGGUAAUGUCAGAAGGCGUACAAACGUUGGAUCACAAAAAUAGUGUGGACGUCAUCACUACAUUUCUACCGAUGGAAACUAAAGCCAAGUCAUCAAUGAGCAGUUCUAUUGUUACAAAUGGGUCUGUGCCACACCAAGAGUUAGUGCCUAAUAUUCUGCCUAAGGACACAAACACAAAAAGACCUUCAGUACCGUGUGUUUCAUCGAAUACACCGAAUCGAAAGUCACUGUUUACUAAUUUGAUACGCAGACUUUCAACCCCGCGAAACAAAAUAUCUCGCACUGAUAAUUCUUCUGUUCUGUUAACUAAAGGUGAGACAGGUAUGUCACACAGCGACUCUGGAUCAAGCAAUCCUAGUCCACGAAGGUUACGCAGGUGGUUCACAAAGCGUAUGUGGAAAUCUGCAAAACUGUCUGAUCAAAUUCAUGGGACACAGACUCAGUAUACGCACUCCACAGUUGACGACUUAUCAGAGGAGUUGCAGUUGGUCACCCAGGACAUUGGAUCUGCUCCAGUCCCCCGUAAGCUCAUAUUCGUACCACAUCCAAUGAAAUCCCCCUCACCACAUUCACAAAACGUUCUCGGUCAAAAUUCUAGUUAUAAAGUCGUAGCUCAAGAUACUGGGGUUGAUUACAACAUCCAUGUUUCCAUGCAAUCUGAACUUAAUAAUAUCAGAAUGGAUACUGAAGUCAAAAACUCUCCAAACUGUUCACCAUCUUCUCUAUUUUGUACCACUGGCAUUCAUUCGCCGGUGGCCAGUUCCCCACUACUUUCUGCCGUAACACGUGAAAAUAGUAUAUGUUCUGUUGGAAACGUAAUUCGUCAUUUUGGAGUACCAUUUCACCAUGACAUAAAUAACAUUGAGUCAAAUAAUUUUCGUCGAUCAGAAGCGUUAAUUUCACAGUCUUUUGCAAAACUCCCACAAUCUGUAGCGUCCCAGUAUCGCACAUCUCCUUUGGCCGUAUGUAGCUAUACACCCAGUUAUCUCAGCGCAUCAGUGGCAGCAUUCGGUUACAGUAAAUAUUACUCAGCAUCAAAAUCAAUUCAUAAUCUAGUCCAUACGGAAACUUCUCCUUUAGUAAUUCAGGAUGCUGUUGGACAUAAGCUAUCCAUUGCCCGUUCUCAUAGUGGGACAUCAGAUAUUAAAAAUGAAGUAGUUACUUCUGCAAUUCCAAGUACAGUGAUAAAUACUUUCGGUGAAAAAAAGUCGCAAGUUGUGGGAAAUAUGUGUGGAGAUGCUGGAUCUAUUUUAGAGGAUUCCCGAUCAUCUUGUCGUCGAACUGAGUCUGGUCGUGAUGGCGUUUGGAAUGGUAGCACAGAAAAUGUCAAGUUGAGAAGAAAGAGGACAACUAGUAACACCAAUAACACUGAUGAUCAAGAACACUGGAAUCGAUCUUCACUCAUUAUGUUGGCGGUCGCUCAUGCUAGUCCUCGUGGUCGUGUUAUAACUCCCACAACUGCACUAAACAAAUCUUUCUUUCCAAGCUUUUCAGAUUCCAUCACUGCUUAUAGCGAGGUAAAUGAGAGUAAAGGAGAGCCCAAUACUUCAAUACAACAUAAAACGGAAUUAGUUGAUACACUCAGUAGCAGCACUGAACUAUCAUUUGAAGGAAAUUCAUCUGUAAUAAUUAAUUCUAUCAAAGACAAGCAGUCACUCAAUACUGAUUAUACAACGUUGUCAAAUCAAUUAGAAAUUCAAGUGGAUGGGAAUUUUUAUCUUCAACAAGUAGAUCAAACAGAGAAAGAAUUAUUGAAUAAAGUUUGUGAAAUUGAAACUGAUCUUAAUAAUGAAGUUGAUUUGAAUGAUGAAGUUUCCGGUCUUUUACGAACUGCUUCUGGCAAAGCGAGACUACUGAUUUCUGAAAAGUUUUGUCAAUUUCGUGCCUUAUGCCAUCAAAACCUUGCCUGGGAAAAUUCAAAAACAGUUGGGGUUGACAACAAUUUCGUAAAUGAGCCUAAUACAUUAGUCACUUUGGUUAGUGAUUUGGAUGGUUUCUGGGCGAUGGUAUCACUUCAAGUAGAUGACAUUCGUGGUUUAUUCAAACAAGUGGAUUCUUUACGGGCUAACAAUUGGCAACCGGUUGAUAACUCACUAUCUCCUACGCAAAAUAUCUCAGUAGGUGACUCCAUUUCAUCAGAGAAACGAAAGGUAUUAUUUGCAAGCUUUUAUUUAAAAAAUUUUGUUACAACAGGUUUAUUUCUAUGUAUGACUGACUGUGAACUGUGAAAAGUUGGUUAAGUUCUUCUAUGUGCUUAGACUAUUUAUUUUAGUAGUGUGUCUGAAUUAAUUCUUAAUGUUAAAAAUGGAAUUUAUGACUAAGCACUCCCUUACACCAUUUUCUAUUGAGUUCAGAAUCUUACAAAUUAAUUAGGCUUAGCCAUUGAUAAGUAUGGAGAAUAGCCCUGCUUCGGUUUGGGCACCCGGGCAGUAUCACAGCCCUCACACAUAUCGGAUGAGAUUUGUGUGGCGCAUAUGUAUUUGGUGCCUCUUUGUACCAUUAUCUAUGUGUUGAAAUAAAUAAUGGAGAAUAGCAAACUUGUUCAUUAUUUUAGAUUUAUGUAAAAACUAACUCGAUACUUGAGUUGUAUAAUAUCAGAAAUAUGUAUAUAUGAUUUGAUAUGACGAGGUAAGAAUGACACCUUAAAUCUAGGCGUUAAUUCUGUUGGAGAGUGGAUGACCUAUAGUUGUUUGUUCAACUACCUCUAAUCAUGUUUAUUCUUGUGCUAAAUAUUUUGUAAAUGAAAAUGCUAUUCUGUUGGAAGAUAAACUUCAUUCUCGUGAGCAGCCAUCAUUCGGUCAGGUUUUAUAAUUGCAUGUCAUCUAUAAAUUAGCAUUAUAUUUCAUUCUAACUGACGAAAAUCCGUUCAUAGAACGAUUAAGUUCUACUUCAUAGUAAAUUAUAGUCAACUAGUUCUUAGUUCAGCCUUAUUUUAUUUUAUGCUGGAAAUGGAUGGAAUAUGAAACGUUAUUAAAAUUGCAGCGAUAAAUGAACAGAUCAAAUCAAUAAAACAUUUCAACAAUAAACAACCACACUCCCAAAUCAGAAAAGAAUAGUCUUAGCAAUUAAGGUUUUUAUACCUUUAAUAAAAGCAAUGAUAACUGUUACCACAUUGUUUACAUUACCUUGUCAAUAUAAUAAAAUAGUAUUGUAAAAUGUGUCAGUGUAAUUUAAGUAAGUAAGUCCUAUAAGACAUCAAAUAUAAGAGACCUUUAGAGGGUUCCCAGUCACUUUUUUAUUUGUUUAUGAAAUGCAAAUAUUUAGAUAACAUUGACCUGCAACAGGCUGGAAAACUUCUUAUCCUAAUUUCUCUCCAUAUAUAUAUAUUCUGUUAAUCAGAAUCUCACCAUUCCUCUUCAACUUUGCCAUCGACGACAUUCUGGAAACAGCUCUGAUGGAUGUAAGUAAUGGUGGUAUGGAUCUGUUGCCUGGAGAAAGACUUCUCGACCUUGAGUAUGCGGACGAUAUUGUCUUAUUGUGCGAUAAUCCCCAAGACAUGCGAUUCGCGCUUAAUCAGUUGGCAAUCAGUGUCCGUAGGUAUGAUGUGUGCUUUGCACCUUCGAAGUGCAAAGUACUUCUACAAGACUGGCAGGAUUCCAAUCCUAUACUCACCCUGCAUGGUGAGCAGACAGAAGUAGUCGAGAAGUUCGUGUAUCUGGGUAGCUGCAUAAGUGCUGGUGGGGGUGUGAGUGAUGCGAUCAAUGCACGUAUAGUGAAAGCCAGAGCGGCUUAUCCCAAUCCGGGCCAUCUUUGGCGCCUUCGUGAUGUUAGUCUGGCCGUAAAAGGUUGGAUUUACAACGCGUCGGUGAGAGCAGUUUUACUCUAUACUUGUGAAGCCUGGCCUCUCCGAGUUGAGGACGUUAGACGACUUUCUGUGUUCGAUCAUCGUUGUCUCCGAAGGAUUGCUGACAUCCAAUGGCAACACCAUGUCAGUAAUGCAGAGGUUCGGCAUCGUGUGUUUGGGCACAGAGACAAUAAUGUAAUUGGUGUCACCAUCUUGAAACACCGACUUCGGUGGCUUAGAUAUGUUCUACGAAUGUCGUUCCAGAGAAUUCCACAUUGUGCAUUAUUUGCCGACUCUUGGACUGUUUGGAGAAAGCGGAGAGGUGGUCAGUAUAUGACAUGGUGUCGUGGUAUGAAAGAAAGCUGCAAAGGACUGGCUUGUGUCGGUUCUUCACGACUCCCUGGUUGGGGUCCGAGAGAUGGUGCUACACAGUAGCUAGAGACGUUAUCAGAUAUGGCUCAGAAUAGAAUCCAGUAGCGAUCCUGCUGUAACCUUUUACUUUCUUCAUAAAAGUGGUUGUUUCUUCCUUAACUAAAAGAUUUGUUCUGAUUGUACCUUUCCGUUCCCCCUUUAUGACUAUGAUUAUCACUACACCCCUUACACCAAUCUCUUCAUCAUUGUAUUAAAAAAAAUUUUUUUUCGUCCCUCAGUUUUUUUUCUUCUUAAAUUCUCAUUGUUUUGUGUGGUGCAUAUAUAUUUUACGCACUCCUGUACCAAUAUAUAUAUAUAUGUUCAAAUAAAUAAAUAAUCAGAAAUGCUUUAUUUUUUAUUGUCAAUACUACUUACCAUUACGUAAUACAUCCUAAACAUUUAUAAUUAUUCAUAUAGUUUACAAAUUCUCUCAUUUCGACCGACUUGAUAUUAUUCUAUAUUUUAUUGUUUUUCUUUCAGUUAAAUCGUAAAGUUACUAAAUCCACCGUAGCUAAACAAAACAAUGUGAUUGCUAGACAACAGGCUCGUGAACGUCUUGAACUCGCUAAACGCAAUAUGCAGUUAAAGAAUUUGAAUAGUCCACAUGAUGAUAAGUCAACAUUAAGUAUCACUGAAAAUAAGCUUAUAUUUGUAUAGAAUUUUUACAAAAUGUAUAUCCUUUAUUUCAAUAUUUGUAAAUUAUUUUUUUCUAAACAAAUACGGCAAUAAUUAAAAUGAAAUUGAAGUUAUUUUACUGAAAUAUAAGUUAUGGAUUUCGUUGUAUUGUUUAAAGUAUUAUGGUUUUCUUUUUCGAGCGUUAUCUCCCGCUUUUUUUUCAACGAAUCCCUCUAUAUAUACUUUACAUGUAUUUAUGUUCUUUUCAUUUCCCUAGUUCCCUUAUUUAUUUAUGUUAAAGAUAUAAAUUAAAUAAUCAGUAGUGAAACAGACUUGUUAAUUAAACAAACAAAUUCAUUUGCUAUUCACCUAUAUUCUAGAAGCAGCUUUAUAUAUCUUUUCUUAUACUGUCAUGUUCGUUAUAUGAGAUUGCCCUUCAUUAUUUUUCAUUGUUCUAACUGUUGAACAUGAUUAGUUUCAUGCAAUUGUUCAUUGUAUAUUCAAAGUUUGUUUUACAAAAUAAUCUUGCCAGUUUUCACCACUUAUUGAUUACUUCCAGAUGGAACAAGAACAAAUAAUAAACAUUUAAGCAUUUCAACACUGUUGUAUUCAGGAGCUGUUUUUUUAUACUAAGCAAAACAGUUUUUCAUAUUUU